UUGCCUCGUGCAGUCCGCGUGUUGAAACGGAUAGAAGGCCGACAUACUUUUGUGAUAGCUUGCUCUCUUACCAUUCUCUGGCCGGAGCUUUUCGCAAAUCUUCUCUUCUUCCCACAUCCCCCCUUCCUCUUAAGCGACAUGGAUUCACGCCCCAAUCCUCCCACCUUACAGGAACUUUUUUCUCGUGGCUCAACGCCUCCAGUGCCCACCCAGCCCUCUCUUCCGCCUUUUGGCAAUUCCAACGCGUCCUCGAGUCAAAUCGACUCUCUAUUCCAACAGCUGACGGCUUCUGCCCCAGAGCAGACCCAGUCCGAGGGUUAUCAUUCUGGGCCGGCUACCCCAGGCACUUCCAACGACGAACAACCCGCUUCGACGUCAUCUGUUCCGAAUUCUAACGCGGAUCGCCAGAGCGCACUGCUAUCUCUCCUCAGCGGCCAGCCCAACCCCCGUCCGGCUCCACCACCGAACCCACAACAAGUGCCGACCCCACCCUCAGCAUCCUCAAGAUCAGGGACAUCGCCCACCCACAAUGAGACGCAAGGGAAGAUUUUGUUGGAACAGCUGAUGUCAGGUAAUCCGCCCAUGUCCAGUUACUCCGACUCGCAGCGUUCCAUGCCGGCGGCAGGCCACAACCCGUCCCCUCCGUUCUCAAGCUCAUCGCAGGGAGAGUACCGGUCGUAUCAACAGGAAUCGUCUCCGGAUCUUCAGCAGCGAGUGCAGGCACCACCUGCUCAGUCACAACAGCAGGCUCAGCCACCCUCUCCGCGCAAGUCCAUGUUUGAUUUCGUGUCUCCAUUCGACGCGCUUUCGGCCACUGCCACCGCCUCCACCAAGAAGAAGGCAGUUCCCCCCAGCGUGUCGAGCGGGACCGAAGAGUCGAGCUGGACGAAUCUGUCCGAUCCGAAGCGACAGUCCGUGGAAAACUUGCUGGACCAUCUUGCGCGGAGCACUGCGUCGCAGAUGACCACGUCUCAGAUGAGUGUGGCUCCCUCGUACGGCGCCCCUGCGUACGAGUCCUACCUCGCCGGAAGCGAUUUCUCGCAGUCGGAUCCGGCACCGCCUCCUUCCCGUCACGUGCUACCGCCAGCACCGGCGCCAAAGGUGGUGGCCAAUCGGCCUGCUUCACCGCGUGCUCCGUCGCCCAAGAGCCACCCUCAACGUGGGGCCGUACGAACAGCCGAUUCGCCUGCCGGGAGUAACCAGACUGCCGGAAGCAACAAUCGCCGAGACAAGGAAAGUUCGCCCGGCCCCCGAGGAGGUUACAAAAAGGGAACUGGUCAGGGAAAGGCAGGCAAGAACCAAAGCCCGGUUCCUCCUCCGCAAACUAUUAUAUUCGAUGUCGCACAGCCGCUGGACGAAAUCCAAGCUUCUCGUGAUGCCGUCAAGUCGACUGCUAUCGCGCUGGUGAAGCAGGAUUCGGUUUUCCUCCCGGGGACGACCAUCGGUGCCACCCACUGGGUGGCUUACGCCAUGACCCGGGGUCGUGUGCGUGUGAUUUCGCGAUCCAGCGGGGACCGCACCUUGCUUCAGUUGCCGCCAGGAACGUUCCCCAUCUCGUCCAGCGUUAGUGACAUGGCUGUGCACGGGAACCGGCUCGCAGGUGUCACGGCCGAUGGAGGAUUCGUGGUUUGGGAGCUCCCGGAGUUGAUCACAGACGACGUCCCCGGUCGACUGUUGUUGUGCAUUGCGCCCGACGGGUCGAUGGAUCCGUUGCUUUCGGUCAAGUGGCACCCCCGAGAGCCCGACACGCUGGCUAUCGCAUCGUCCAGCAAGCUGUACCUGAUUGACUUGGGGAAUCUGCAUUCGUUCCAUGGCCAGACCAUUUCCCAGUCAGAUCUGCCUCACAUCUCUUCCACUCUCAACAUUCCUUCGCCACUGAUUGCUUUCGAUUUCGACAUUCUGAACUACACCAUUGCCACCAUUUCCGUCGACUCGAAUCUGAUCGUCUGGAACAUUCACGAUCGGGUGCCCUACACGCAUCACACUGUCCGCGGCGAAGAUUUGCCAUCCUCCCUGACCUAUGUGGAUGGUGGAAUCGUUGUCGGUCGGAAGAACGGCACCAUCUUCCAGCUGCUUUCCAUGACAUCCAAGAGCCUGCUGUCAACAUUCAAGUUUGUCAACAGCGCUCAAGAGGAUCCCGACAUGUUCGGUCACGCGAGCUAUGAUGCACGGAUCCAGACACUCUGGGUCGCCAACUGUCGCAGAGAUAGUAUGAUCGGACUCAAGCUGCAUCUGGAACCAUCGUCGAUGAGCGACUCCGUUCCUCGGUACAUCGACCAGGUGAUCGAGUUCCCUGGGCCCAAGUCGACGAUCCAUUUCGUGAUCUUGACGGCUGAUGCGGAUCCCAACGGGGAUGAGGCCCAUGCAGCUUGUGUUGCGGCCAAGUGGAGUGGACCAGAUCCUUAUCCGCAAGGAAUGGUUCGACAAUGCUCUUUCGUCGGUGACCGCGAAAUUGCCCGCUUACUCGUUACCUCCCGAGCCCAAGACCCGCCAGCAGCAGCAGCAGCAGCACAUCAGGCCAUGUCGGCAGCUCCGACUGCUGCGCUCUUGCCCCCGGUUGCGCCCAUGCCUGUCAUUCCCCCGGCGAGGAUGCGGACACCGCCAUCAGAAGAUGGGGAGGCUGAUGUCUCUCGGGAGAUCCCGGAACCCAAGGGCCGCAAGGGCAAGAAUGUGAACUGGAAAGAGAAGGAGAAGGAUGAGGGCAACAACGGCAAAGCAUCAGGCAAGCUGGGCUCAGAUCCGUUGGGUAGUGAUUCCGUCGGCCCAGCACUAGCAAGAGAAAUGCGCAAGAUGGAGGAGAGCUUGCACACGCGGUUGGGCCGUCUCAUCGGCAAGGAGUUGGACAAACAGAACCAGCGCUUGGAUGAAGCCCGCGCUCACGAUCAGUCGGAAGACUUCACUCGCCAAGAGACCAUUCUCAAGCUAAUCUCGACCGAGUUGACGAGGAACACGACUCGGGUGGUCGAGAUGGCUGUCAAGAGUGAAAUCCAGGCCUCGGUGCUCCCUGCUCUGGAAUCCAUCACCAAAACCGAGGUGAAGGCGACGUUGAACGAUCGGGUCAACACCGGUUUUGUCGACUACAUCAACCAAAGCCUGCCUAAGGAAAUGGAGAAUCUUCUAACCAGACCGGAUAUCUCGAGCCAUUUCGCGAAGAUGCUCUCGUCGAGUCUGACGCCCAUGAUCGACCGGCAUAUCAAGGAUGCCGUCAACAAAUCGCUCAUUCCAGCGUUCUCCCAGCAGUCUGCUGCGAUGCACCAGGACCUUCUGCGGGAAGUCAGGACUGAGAUUCAUAGCGUUCGGACCGAGUUGACGUCCUGGCAAGGCGAUGCUUUCCGCAACCAAGAGGCAUCCAUCCGGGAGCUGGAGCAUACCGUCCGGGCGCUGGCCGAGCAAGUCAAAUUCCUGACGAUCAACACCACGGGAGCCGCGGCAAGCUCGAUGCCAAUCCAUUCGUACCAGGACUCUCCUGGCCUCAGCGUACAGCACAUCCCGGUUGCUGCCGCGCAGUAUCGCCAGGCGCCGAGCUAUGGGCCUCAGCACUUCCAGCAGGCCCCGCCGCCCCCACAGGGCCCUCCCCCGAUGCAGCAGCAAUGGUUCAACCCCCCGCCAAUUGUGGCACCGCAGGCCUCCCAUCCGCCGACGAUGCCCCAGGCACCGCAAUCUGAAAGGACGCCGCCGAUGAAAGCAGACCAGUGGGACGAGAUGUAUUUGUCGUGCCUGCACACGCAGGACCAGGGCAAGCUCAGAGAGCUCCUCGCCCAUUCGAACCCCGAUGUCGUCAUGCCAUUGAAUGGCAUCCCCCUGGUCUCUCAGCCGGUCAUCCUGACCAUCGUCGCCCGGCUUGCGUCAGAAAUUUCCGAGUCCUCACCGAGUGAGGAGUCGUUCAAGAAUGCGCUAUGGUGGCUGCAGCGGUCCUCGACGUUGAUCCGUCCCGAGGACAAACUAAUCAUCGAUUUUAUCCCGCGCGUCGUUCCAGCUGUCCAGAAGUCGCUCGUCACCGCCAAGCAGCGGCUGGCGCUUGCUCCUGUGCUCUCCUCGCUUUGCCGCAGCGGAGCAACACUCGUUCGAAUCGAAUCCCAGUCGACCCAUGCGCCGUACAUAUUCAACGGGCUUGCCGGCCUUCUGACACAAUGGUCGAACACACUGCAUCCCAACGGACACUCCAUCGUACCCGGCACCCUCCAUCCGUUCACUACUCUGUAUCACGCACGGGAGGACCCCGACUUCCCUCCGUCCCCAGAAUGGCUGGCCUGGGAUCCGGAGAUGAGCUUCGGGAUCAUGGCUCCACGGGCUGGCGAAACGCACCUGCUGACCUUCCGCACGACGGCCGAGGCCAAUGUGGUUUACUUUGACGGCAUGUCCGCGGCGUGGGGCCCGGGGUGGCUAGAUUCGCAGCACAUGUUUAUCUACGGCGCCAAAGAGGGCAGGGAGAAGGACAUACGGUUAUUCGACGACUACGAGCGGGCAGACAGACUAUGCGAGUGGGCGAAACUCUGGGAUAUCGAUGGCAUCGUGCGGAUGAACGCCGGAUUCGAACUGAUCUGGUGCGAUUUUUCAUCGCCCAAGCUGCAGCUAGUGUCGCGCCUGAACAUCACCCCACCGGAUACGUCUCCUCGUCGCUCGCGCCCAGAUAUCCGGGGACGGGACCUAUCCUUCGACACGAACAGUGCACCAGACUGGCCGGAUAUCUCUCCUCUGGCGCAGACCAGCACUCUCGAAUGGAUCCGCGCUGCCGCCCGACGAGCAGUGAGCAAGCAACCGCACAUCACACUCCAGACCGCCGGCCUAGUGAGCUUCUACAAUCCGCGUCUGACCAGUCUCGCGCCGACUGGGCCGAUGCAUUCUCACCGUUCGUUCAACAUCUCGAGAGACGAUGCCCAGCGCGUCGUCAGAGACGUAGAAGAAGCCCUGCACUCCCUGCGCAAGGGGAAAGGCAGCGGGCUGGAUUGGGGUGCUGCCGCCAGCGGCAUCGUCGAAUACUGGGGCGAUCGGACGAUCCAGCUGCACAGUCUCUUGACCAACGCGACUGAGAUACGGGACGACUCCACCCUCCCCGCCAUCAGGCGCCUCGCAUAUACUCUGCUGAAUCCGUUCAUGCCGGCAGGCGACACUCCGCGCGCGGCAGGACGCGCGCUGUUCUUCGAGGGAGUUCCUAUCAGCGGGUUUGAUCGCUGCAAGUUCCAGGCGACUGAUUUUCUGUCUGUGGCUGCGGUCAAAGAUCGAAUGACGUCUUCGGAAGAGUUGCUCCAAGAUUCUGUUGAGGCUGUUCUCGAACGGUUGUGUCACGAUUUUGGUAUCGUUUUUUCCGAAAGUUACGACCUGAAGGAGCUCACGACUGCCCACAUCGAACGCUGGCGCGGCCUUGUCAAGUCUCUGAUGGACUGGCUAGAUUGGACUGUCUGGCUGCGAUGCGAGGACACUUGUCCCCGAGAUCACAUCUGCUCGACGGCUUUGUGGCCUAUUGCGUGGAUUCCAUGGUGGCCCUGGGGUCCUCCGCCAGAAGAUUACGCGGACAAGACCAGAGCCAGGUGUAUCAAAAUGGCGCUGUGA